CAAACCUCAAUUUUUACUAUCACAAACACAGCAACAACAUGCUGUUCUUUUGUCCAGAAAAAGAAGGAAGCAGCAGAGGUCCUUCAUUUGUUUUUCUUUUAUCUUUCCCAUAAAACACAGAGCACUUGGCUUUGAAAUUGAAGCACCCUUAAGGCCACAACCCCACAAUUCCCUCCCUCCUUCCCUCAGUGUCUUAAAAAUCAUUUCUUUCUUCUUUUCUCUUCUUUGGUGCCUGCCAUUUCUUUUUAUCUUGUCCCUCUUCACCUGAAACUGAACCCAGCAAAAAUAUAUACAAAAUACUGCACACUUGCACAUCCAGAGACAGAGAAUAAAGAAUAGAAAAAAAAAACUAGGAUAAUUCAGCUGAGAUGACAACAAGGUAUGUGCAGCAAAGAACCUCUAUUUUCUUGUCCUUUUUGUUCUUGUUAUUUCCUGCGGUGCUCUCUGAACUAUCCUCAAACCAAACCAGCAUCAUGGUCAAUCUGUCUAAGUUCCUUAACUUUUCUAAUUCUUCAUGGGAUGCUACUAGAGACCCAUGUUCUUGGAAGGGAGUUACAUGUAGCUCUGGUAACUCAUCAGUAACUGGUCUUUUUCUAUCUAUGUUUGGUCUCUCCAACUCUAAUUCCUUGGCUGAUGUUUGCAAGAUUGAAACUUUACGGUCCCUUGAUCUUUCUAAAAACCGUUUGAGCUUAAUCCCAGAUGAUUUCGUCAAUGAUUGUGGAAGGAUUGAUGGCCUAAAGUUGUUGAAUAUUAGCCAAAAUAAAUUAGAUGGUCCUUUGCCAACUUUUAAUGGUUUUGUUGGGUUAGAAUUUUUGGACUUGUCUUUCAAUUCUUUGUCUGGUAAUGUUAGUCCACAGUUAGAUGGAUUGCUUGCACUCAAAAGCUUGAAUCUUAGUUUCAAUAAGUUCAGCGGUCCUCUUCCUGUAAACGUUGGAAAGUCCUUGCUGUUGGAGAGUCUACAGCUCUCUAUGAAUCAUUUCCAAGGUACUAUCCCUCAAGAUAUCGCGAAUUGUCAGAACUUGAGCGUGAUUGAUUUUAGUGGAAAUGCUCUUGAUGGGUCUAUUCCUUCUAGGAUUGGAAAUCUCAAAAAGUUGAGGUUUUUGAUUUUGUCUUCCAAUAAUUUGAGUGGAGAUAUUCCAGCAAACAUUUCAAAUAUUCCAACCUUGUUUCGAUUUGCAGCAAAUCAAAACAAGUUUGAUGGUAAAAUUCCCAGUGGAAUUACAAGAUAUCUUACUUUGUUCGAUCUUAGUUUCAAUAAGUUGAGAGGGCCUAUUCCAGGAGACAUUUUGUCACAGUCGAAAUUGCAACUUGUGGAUUUGUCUUACAAUCAGUUAGAUGGUUCAAUACCUUCGAGUAUAUCUGCAAGCUUGCUUAGAUUGAGAUUGGGAGGAAACAAUCUCAAUGGCUCGAUACCUUCUUCAUUUGAUUCACUUGAGAAUUUGACUUACUUGGAGCUGGAUAACAAUAGGUUGACUGGUGUGAUACCUCCUGAGUUGGGUUCUUGCCAAAGUUUGGCACUGUUGAAUUUGGCACAGAAUGACCUUGCAGGAUCUGUACCUUCACUAUUGGGAAAUCUCAACGAUCUUCAAGUUUUGAAGCUUCAGCAUAACAACUUGGUUGGAGAAAUCCCUUCAGAGAUCACUCGAUUACAGAAGUUAUCAAUCUUGAACAUCAGCUGGAAUUCGCUUACUGGUUCAAUACCUUCUUCAAUUUCAAACUUGCAAAGCCUUGCUCACUUGAACCUGCAAUGUAACAAGCUUCAGGGUCCAAUACCUGCCACUGUCAACAGUAUGAACUCUCUGUUAGAACUCCAACUUGGGCAAAAUCAACUAAAUGGAACGAUUCCAUUGAUGCCAGUCAAAUUGCAGAUUUCCUUGAAUCUCAGCAGCAACCUCUUUCAAGGACCUAUUCCAGGAACUCUUUCCCGACUGAAGGACUUGGAAGUUUUGGAUCUCUCAAACAACAAUUUCUCGGGUGAGAUUCCCAGCUCUUUUACUGAAAUGGAAUCCCUAAAUCAGUUGAUACUCUCAAACAAUCAGCUUUCUGGAGUCAUCCCAGGGUUCAAACCAUAUGUGUCUUUAAGUGCAAGAGGAAAUGCAGGACUUAUAAACAAGACAGCAACAAUAACUCCCCAAGAAUCCCCAAAGAAGGGGAAAUCAGUUGCUGUACCAGUUGUGCUUGCAGUUGUUGCUGCUGUUCUUGCUGUUGGAGCUGUCUCGAUUAUAGUUGUGUCAUUAUCCAGACGCUUUCUCAAGGUUAACAAUCAGCAGUCACAAUCAGGGGAAGAGCUUCCGCCUCCUCAAGUAAUCGAAGGCAUUCUGUUGACUACAAAUGGAAUUCACAGGUCUAACAUCGACUUCACCAAAACCAUGGAAAUAGCUGCUGAUCCAUUGAACAUUGAGUUGAAGACUAGGUUUUCAACAUACUAUAAGGCCACCAUGCCUUCUGGAGCACGCUACUUUGUCAAGAAGCUCAACUGGAGCGACAAGAUAUUCCAAUUGGGUAGCCAUCAUAAAUUCGGACAAGAGCUGGAAGAUUUAGGUAAACUGAGCAAUUCCAAUGUCAUGACUCCUUUGGCCUAUGUAUUGAGCAUGGACAGUGCUUAUCUCUUCUAUGAAUACGCUGAAAAGGGUACCCUUUUUUAUGUUCUUCAUGGUAAACUGGGAGAUGCUUUGGACUGGGCAAGCCGUUACAGUAUAGCAGUUGGAGUUGCUCAGGGCCUUACCUUUCUUCAUGGAUGCACCUCUGGUCCGAUUCUCCUCCUCGACCUUUCAAGCCAAAACAUUUUCCUCAAGUCUCUGAAGGAGCCUCUCGUAGGAGACAUUGAGCUCCACAAAGUGAUUGAUCCAACAAAGAGCACUGGCAGCCUUUCGACAGUUGCUGGCUCUGUCGGCUAUAUUCCACCAGAGUAUGCAUACACAAUGAGGGUGACAAUGGCUGGGAAUGUAUAUAGCUUUGGGGUCGUUCUACUGGAGUUGCUGACAGGAAAGCCAGCAGUAAGUGAGGGAACUGAACUAGCCAAGUGGGUCUUAAGUAAGUCGAAACAGCAAGACAAGUGGGAUCACAUCCUUGAUUAUAACAUCAGCAGGACUUCACCUGCUGUCAGAGGCCAGAUGCUUGCAGUCCUUAAGAUUGCCCUUAGUUGCGUUAGUGUUUCCACAGAAGCAAGGCCAAAGAUGAAGAGUGUUUUAAGGUUGAUCGUCAAUGCACGAUGAGGACUAGCUCAGAAUACAAUCCUCCUAGAAGAAGCAGUUCUAUUUAUUCGAAAGAUUUCACUUUUCAAGUCUUUGUUUCAAAACUGUAGAUAGAAGAAAGGUUUCUUGCUGCCCAAAAUGAGGCAGCUGUUGCAACCCAACUGGCAUGUAUAAUCUGCAAUUCCUAUGUAUACAUAAUACAUUGAAGAGAAUUUUUGGGAAUGUAUUAACACAUCUCUCUGUUUUUGCCA